AUGUUCGUUGAAAUGCUGCACAUAGAGCGACUUUCAAUAUCACCGGAGAAGGAAAAUGUGCCCGAAGCUUUGCUGGCCGAGUUGAAGGUGAAGAUUCCUGGGCGGCAGUUGGGAUGUGAAGGCGUUGCUUUAUUUCCUGUUGGAAUAGAGUCUAUUUCUGAUAUUACUAUUUAUGAAGGUGUUUUGUAUCCUCUAGUGGCUUAUAAGCUGGUAGCUUACCGGGCCUUUCCGGGCGAGAUUUUAAAGUGUGUGGUUGAGAAACAGGACGCAACUGGUGUUUAUUUAAGACAUCCACUGAUACCGGAAGUUUUAGUGCCUUCCUCGCAGUUGCCAGUGCCUUCGCAAUUGGAGACUUUGCCUGGAAAGUCUGGAAAGUAUGCUGAGUUAUGGGCCUGGAAGUACGACGGUGCUCUUCUGUACAUAAGACCGGGCGAUCUCUGUAAAGUAAGGGUUAUUAAAACGGUAGCAUCCGGAACUGUCUACGCUGAUAUAAGUGAGUCUGGGCUAGGGCCCUUGGGCUGGUGGUAG